UGCGGUGCUGCUUGAACGCCAUAACACCAUAUCUGAGCGGACACGACUGUCAAAUGUAACUUAUAGGCAUUUCCUGUCCCCGUGCCUUCAGUGUAAACUGCAAUAUUGUGAGACGCGCGCUCCUUUGGAGUCAAGAUUUGGGAAGGGACGUUUCGACCCGAGUACGAGCCCACAAACCUGCGUCAGAGGCCGGGAGGCGUCAGGAAUGAAACGGUGUCAGUGAGGAUUAUCACUUUUCUCCGAGUGUUUUCACAGACUGACUCGAGGCUUGUGUGGAGCAGCUGGGAGGGGGCAUGGCCUUGUCGUUUUGUGGCAGCGACGACGGUGUUAAUGCCUAUAGCGUGGACAAGGGCGUGCUGAACAAUGGCUGCUUCGUGGAUGCUCUCAACCUGGUUCCCCAUGUCUUCCUGCUCUUCAUCACCUUUCCCAUCCUCUUCAUUGGUUGGGGUAGUCAGAGCUCGAAGGUCCAGAUCCAUCAUAACACAUGGCUUCAUUUCCCUGGCCACAACCUGAGAUGGAUCCUCACCUUCUCACUGCUGUUCGUCCAUGUCUGCGAGUUUGCAGAGGGCAUCGUCUCCAACAAAAUGAUGGGAACUGAUCACCUCCAUCUCUACAUGCCAGCAUUCAUGGGUUUCGUAGCAGCAACAACAUCAGUGGUUUACUACCACAACAUAGAGACGUCCAACUUCCCUAAAUUGCUGCUUGUCCUUUUCAUCUACUGGGUGUUGGCGUUCAUCACAAAGUCCAUUAAACUUUGGAAGUAUGCAGAGUUCAAAGUCGGACCACAGCACUUGAGGUUCUGUAUCACUGCCCUGUUAGUGCUCCUGUAUGGACUACUAAUGGCUGUGGAGAUCAAUGUCAUAAGAGUCAGGAAAUAUGUCUUCUUCACCAAUCCUCAGAAAGUGAAGCCACCAGAAGAUUUACAGGAUUUGGGAGUUCGCUUUCUGCAGCCAUUUGUCAACCUGCUCUCCAAGGCAACAUAUUGGUGGAUGAAUCCGCUCAUCAUUGGAGCCCAUAGAAGGCCAAUAGAGCUGAAGAAGAUUGGUAAGCUGCCCAUCGCCAUGAGAGCCCUCACCAACUACCUGCGGCUCAAAGACGCCUACGAGGAUCAGAGGACCGCAGAGGAUCCGAAUCGAGCCCCGUCAAUCUGGCGCUCCAUGUAUCGAGCAUUUGGACGUCCCAUCUUGCUCAGCAGCACCUUCCGCUACCUGGCGGACCUGCUGGGUUUCGCUGGACCACUCUGUAUCUCGGGCAUCGUCAAGUACCUGAAGGAAGAUGGCGGCAGCGUCACAGUCAGACAAGAACACGAUACCUAUUUUGGAGUCCACUUCAUGUCUUCCACGAAGUUGCUGCAGAACACUUCAGUCCUGGCUGUUCUUCUCUUCCUGGCUUUAAUCUUGCAGAGGACUUUCUUGCAGGCCUCCUACUAUGUCACCAUAGAAACCGGCAUCAACCUGCGAGGAGCCCUGCUGGCAAUGAUUUACAACAAAAUCCUGCGUCUGUCCACCUCCAACAUGUCAAUGGGGGAGAUGACACUUGGGCAGAUCAACAACCUGGUUGCCAUAGAGACCAACCAGCUGAUGUGGUUCCUCUUCCUCUGCCCCAACCUGUGGGCCAUGCCUGUACAGAUUGUGAUGGGAGUGAUCCUGCUGUACUAUUUAUUGGGCUGGAGUGCCCUGGUUGGAGCGUCUGUCAUAGUUCUGCUGGCUCCGAUCCAAUACCUCAUAGCUACAAAGCUGGCAGACACACAAAAAAGCACACUAGAACACUCCACAGAUCGUCUGAAGAAGACCACCGAGAUCUUAAAGGGCAUAAAGCUGCUGAAGCUGUACGCCUGGGAGAACAUCUUCUGUGACAGUGUGGAGGAGACCAGAGGCAAAGAGCUCACCAGCCUCAAGACCUUCGCUUUCUACACAUCUAUGUCCAUUUUCAUGAAUGCUGCUAUUCCCAUUGCGGCCGUUCUUGCGACAUUUGUGAUGCAUCACUUCAUCAAUGGAACUGGUCCCAAACCUUCUGCGGCCUUUGCAGCCUUGGCCCUUUUCCACAUCCUGGUCACUCCUCUCUUCCUGCUCUCCACUGUUGUCAGAUUUGCUGUGAAGGCUGUGGUCAGUGUCCAGAAGCUUGGUGAGUUUCUUCAGAGUGACGAAAUUGGAGACGACAGCUGGAGAAAUGGAGACAUGUCUGUUACCUUGGAAGCUGGAAAAAAACACCUGGGGGUGACCAAAGCCAUCAACAGGAAGCAGCCAAUGCGCUACAAGAUGGACAACUACGAGCAGCCGACCAGGCGACAGAUGAGACCCACAGAGACGGAGGAUGUGGCUGUAAAGGUAUCCAAUGGAUUCUUCACCUGGGGAAGCAACCUGUCGACACUGUCAGACAUCAACAUUCGCAUCCCGACAGGUCAGCUGACAAUGAUUGUGGGCCAGGUGGGUUGUGGGAAAUCUUCCCUGCUGCUGGCCAUGCUCGGCGAGAUGCAGACCAUCGAUGGAAGAGUCUACUGGAGCAAGCUGCCUGAUUGUGAGAUGGCCCCCGAUUGGAACAUAAGUUGGUCAGAGAGAGAGGAGUCUGAUGAAGACAUCAGGAGCAAGAACAGAUACUCUGUAGCCUACGCUGCCCAGAAGUCCUGGCUGCUCAACGCUACAGUGGAGGACAACAUCACCUUUGGCAGCCCCUUCAGUAAACAGAGGUACAAAGCAGUGAUUGAUGCCUGCUCUCUGCAGCCAGACAUUGACCUGUUGCCUUUUGGAGACCAAACUGAGAUUGGAGAGAGAGGCAUUAACCUGAGUGGAGGUCAGAGACAGAGAAUCUGUGUGGCCCGAGCUCUCUACCAGAACACCAACAUCGUCUUCUUGGACGAUCCAUUCUCAGCGUUGGACAUCCACCUCAGUGAUCACCUGAUGCAAGAAGGGAUCCUCAAGUUCCUACAGGAUGAUAAACGGACUGUGGUCCUGGUCACCCAUAAACUGCAGUAUCUUAUACAUGCAGACUGGAUCAUAGCAAUGAAGGACGGCUCCAUCCUGAGGGAGGGAACCUUGAAAGACAUUCAGACUCAUGAUGUUGAGCUGUACGAUCAUUGGAAAACCCUGAUGAACAGACAAGACCAGGAGCUGGAGAAGGACAUACAGCAGGACAGUCAAACAACACUAGAGAGGAAAACACUGAGGAGAGCUUUCUACUCCAGAGAGACCAAGAACCAGAUAGAUGAUGAAGAUGAAGAGGAAGAAGAGGAGGAGGAGGAAGAUGACAACUUGUCCAUGACCACCAACAGACGAUCAAAAAUCCCAUGGAAGAUGUGCUGGUGUUACCUGUCCUCUGGCGGUUUCUUCAUGGUCUUCCUCAUGGUGUCCUCUAAGCUCCUCAAACAUUCUGUCAUCGUUGCCAUUGACUACUGGUUGGCCCUGUGGACGUCCUCCAAAACCAAUCAAAGUGCGUCAAGUGGAGUGACAUCCAAUGAAACCAGCCUGGGUGACAGUAUCAACACCACAUUCCCGACCCCCGGUACUCCGGAAACUGAGCAUGACUCCUACUAUCUGCCAGUGUUUAUUAUCCUGUGUGCAGCUGGAAUCACUCUGUGCCUCAUCACCUCUCUCACAGUGGAGUUUCUGGGUCUUUCUGCAGCCACCAACCUGCACCACAAUCUGCUCAACAAGAUCAUCCAUGCUCCCAUCAGGUUCUUUGACAUCACUCCUUUGGGGCAAAUCCUCAAUAGAUUCUCAGCUGAUACCAACAUCAUUGAUCAGCAUAUUCCUCCUACACUGGAAUCUUUGACAAGAUCCACGUUGCUCUGUUUGUCGGCCAUCGGGGUCAUAUCCUCCAUCACUCCCAUUUUUCUGAUUGCACUGGUUCCUCUGGCGAUUGCCUUCUACUUCAUCCAGAAAUACUUCCGGGUGGCCUCCAAGGAUCUCCAGGACCUUGAUGACUCCACACAGCUUCCUCUGCUAUGCCACUUCUCUGAGACGGCAGAAGGUCUUACCACCAUAAGAGCUUUCAGACACGAGGCUCGUUUCAGGCAGCGUAUGCUGGAGCUGACAGACACCAAUAACACAGCCUACCUGUUUCUGUCUGCUGCCAACCGCUGGCUGGAGGUCCGAACGGACUACCUCGGAGCAGUGAUAGUGCUGACAGCAGCAGGAGCCUCCAUAUGGAGUUUACGUUAUGAUCUUCCUUCUGUGGGCCUGGUGGGUCUCGGACUCACCUACGCCCUCACUGUCACCAACUACCUGAACUGGGUGGUGAGGAACCUGGCAGACUUGGAAGUCCAGAUGUCAGCUGUGAAGAAGGUCAACAGCUUCCUCAGUACAGAGUCCGAGAACUACGAGGGAUCUAUGGACACCUCUCAGGUGCCUGAGAACUGGCCCCACAACGGUGAGAUAAAGAUCCAGGACCUGUGUGUGCGCUACGAUCCCAUGCUCAAACCAGUGCUCAAACACGUCAAUGCCUACAUCAAACCAAGCCAGAAGGUGGGAAUCUGUGGUCGAACGGGCAGCGGGAAGUCUUCUCUGUCGUUGGCCUUUUUCAACAUGGUGGAUAUUUUCGAAGGGAAGAUCAUCAUCGAUGGGAUUGACAUCUGCAAGCUUCCUCUGCAGACUCUCAGGUCGCGACUCUCUAUCAUUCUCCAGGAUCCUGUGUUGUUUAGUGGAUCAAUAAGGUUUAAUCUUGAUCCAGAGAGGACAUGCACUGAUGAUCGACUAUGGGAGGCGCUAGAGAUCGCCCAGCUGAAGAACAUGGUGAAGGCGCUGCCUGGAGGGCUAGAUGCGGUCGUGACAGAAGGUGGUGAGAACUUCAGUGUCGGUCAGAGGCAGCUCUUCUGUUUGGCCAGAGCUUUUGUCAGAAAGAGCAGCAUCCUCAUCAUGGAUGAAGCCACAGCAUCUAUAGACAUGGCUACGGAGAAUAUCUUACAAAAAGUUGUGAUGACUGCAUUUGCAGACAGAACAGUUGUUACAAUUGCACACCGUGUGUCCUCUAUCUUGGAGGCCGAGCAGGUGUUGGUCUUCUCCUCAGGGAUCUUGGUGGAAAGUGAUUCAGGUCCUAACCUGCUAGCACAGGAGGAGAGCCUCUUCAGUGUGCUAGUGAGGACUCACAAGUAGACCCGGAUCAGCACAGACCACUUUGGCUCAGCUCAACCUUCCCCCUGUCUUUCCUCUUCUUUGCAUUUUUCCACCUGCUUCUUUUUUUCUACUUUUCCUGGCUGAGUCAGAGCUGGAGUCUGAGUCUGGGUCUGGGUCUGCUGAAGCCUUACUGCCAUUGACAGCCUGCACCGUGUCCACACCAUCCUAACAGCUGAUCUGGUCAUCGUGAUGAAGCGAGGGAACAUUUUGGAGUACGACAAACCUGAGACUCUUUUAGAGCAGGAGGAUGGGAUGUUUGCUUCAUUCGUCAAAGCUGACAUGUAGAC